CAACCCCUAGCCUGGGAACCUCCAUAUGCCAGGGGUGUGGCCCUAAAAAGACCAAAAAAAAAAAAAAAAGAAAGAAAGAAAAAAGAAAUAGAAGUGGGAGAGGAGCCACACUUAACAUUGCCUAUCUCUCUGCUAAGCAUUCGGGUUCUAAGAGGCCUCUUGGCCCUUGUUUUCAUGAAUUUUCGUUUCUAUUUAAAAUUCCUUGCACAGGAACAGAGUUUCACACUUAGUACUAAGUGUUUUUAUGUACAGUUUAAACUUUGAUGCUCAAAGUGACCUUCUUGAAAUAAGCAAGGAGGUCUUAAUUUGUAUUAUAAAGGAGGAGAUUAGAAAUUCAGGAAGGGUAAGUCAUUUGCCUUUCAGUCCAGUCAUCUUAGUCCUUUUUUUUUUUUUAAAGUCCUCCUAAGCAUUUAAAGCAAAUAAUAGCUUCAUGCAAGUUAAUCCUUUUUUUUUUUUUUUUUUUUUUAGACUCUGUAUUUGAUUUCUUAUUUGCUCAGAUUUAACUGGGAUUUUGAAACCUGUGGGUUCAGAUCCCCACAGUUUGGAUAGGGGAUGGAAAGGGGUGAGGGAGGGUAUACCUUCACUAUGCAUUUGAAGUGAUUUGGAAAUUUACUUCCGCCUCUGAAGUCUUUUCAUCUUUGUCUUCCCAAGAGAUGGAUUUAAAUUCAUUAAAGGGAUGUGAAAAGAAUGGAGACUGCUUAGGUGGUCAUUAACAAGCAGAGAUAGUAAAGCAUCGAUGUUGUGACUUUUUUCCCUGCCUUGUGGCCCUGCCUGUUAAUAAGGACUGGGCCUUUUUUAAGUUGUAUUGUUUUACUGGCAACGCACACAUAUCUUUUGACUUUGGAGGCUGUCUCACAUCGAAGGAAUUAAGUUAUGUCGUAGAGGAUUUGGAAUAUCUUGGGUUUUGGCUGAGAGUAGUGAAAUGUCUGUCUACUAAGACAUGAAGACUUUGGCCACUAGUUUCAUCCUUGGGAGCCUGGUGUUGGCCUUCCAUCUACCUUUGGUGGUGACUUCACCGAAAACACUGGCCAUCCCUAAGAAACUGCAAGAAGCUGUGGGGAAAGUCGUCGUUAAUGCCACAACCUGUACUGUCACCUGCGGCCUUGGCUAUAAGGAGGAGACCAUCUGUGAGGUGGGCCCCGAUGGAGUGAGAAGGAAGUGUGAGUCUCAGCGAUUGGAAUGUCUGACCAACUGGAUCUGUGGAAUGCUCCAUUUCACCAUUCUUAUAGGGAAGGAAUUCAAGCUGAGCUGCCUGAGUUCCGACAUCCUGGAGAUUGGGCAGGAAGCUUUCCGAUUCACCUGGAGACUUGCCCGGGGUAUCAUCUCAACUGACGAUGAAGUCUUCAAACCCUUCCGAGCCAGUUCCCACUUUAUAAAGUUUCGUUCCGCCCAGGAGUAUGAUUCUGGGACCUACCGGUGUGACGUCCAGCUGUUAAAAAACUUGAGGCUUGUCAAGAGGCUCUAUUUUGGGCUGAGGGUCCUUCCUCCUAACUUGGUGAACCUGGAUUUCCAUCAGUCCCUCACUGAGGAACAGAAGUUAGCCGAUGAGGGCCUGGAAGUGAAAAUGGACAACUCUUCCAGGCCCCAGCGCCCACCAUGGAAAGGGAAGGUGGCUAGAGCCGUGGGCAUGGGGAUUGCUGGUGGCGUGGCUGGCGGUGUGUUGGUGAGCAUCGCCCUGUGCCGUGGGCUGAGGGUGAUCCACAGCAGUGCCAGCCUUCAGCCCUUACAAGCCUUGCCGCCGAAGGGCUGGCUGCUCAGAAAGCCAAACUAGCUUUUCAGGAGAGUUCCGGGUGCCUGACCAUGGCUUAACAAUGAGGGAGGGCUUCCACUACCAAAGGGGUGGGUGGGGGAUGUGGAGUGGGGCAACAUCUGGGGUAGCUAUGGGCAGUGGUCUCUAACCAUGUCCCAGGUGGAUCUCUUUCGGAUCUGCCCUGCCCACUGGGUACCCAGGAAACCUGACUGCAGGCAUCUCCCUGCUCCUGAGAAGAGUUCUAUCUUGAAAGCUUGCAUUCAUUUCCGACAACCUGUAUGCCUCCCUACCUUGAUCUCCCUUCGGAGCAGUAUAACCGUGUAGAAGGAUAUAAGCUUUCCUAGUGAAAACUUUUUUUUUUUUCCUCUUCAAUAAAAAUAAUUCAUAGUAGCUGUAUGGAGACCUAAAUUUUUCUGAUCUUUAGUGUAAAAUUUCUUGCAUUUGUGGAGUUCCUUGGUGGCUCAGCAGAUUAAGGAUCUGGUGUUUUCACUGCUGUGGCUCAGGUCGCUGCUGAGACACAUGUUCAAUCCUUGGCCUAGGAAUUUCCAUAUGCUGUAAGUGU